UCCAUCAUGAACUGCGAAAUCGAAGUUUCUAAAGACUCGCACAGAAAUACUGAAUUUUACUGAAACAAGUGGAACUGAUGGUCGAUCAUGAAAAAGUGACAAACCCAGUGUAUAGUGCCUUAGUAGUAACUUACCUAAAGUUUAUUUCUAAACAAUGGUUAUUAGCAUAGGAUUCGAAGGUAGUGCAAAUAAACUAGCUAUUGGAAUCGUUAAAGAUGGUGAGGUGCUGGCGAAUUGUAGAAGAACAUACAUAACACCGCCCGGUGAAGGAUUUUUACCCAGAGAAACUGCAAAACAUCACCAAGAUAACAUUAUAUUGUUAUUAGAAGAAACAAUUAAAACAUCUGGCAUACAACUGGAACAGAUUGAUGUUGUAUGUUUUACAAAAGGCCCUGGAAUUGGUAGUUGUUUAGUUGGUGUUGCUGCUGUGGCACGCACCCUUGCUCUACUUUGGAACAAACCUUUAAUACCUGUUAACCAUUGUAUUGCACAUAUCGAAAUGGGUCGCUUAAUAACUGGUAGUGACAACCCUACUGUUUUAUAUGUAAGUGGAGGAAAUACUCAAGUCAUAGCAUAUUCUGGGAAAUAUUAUAGAAUAUUUGGUGAAACAAUAGAUAUUGCUGUUGGAAAUUGCUUAGAUCGAUUUGCAAGAGUUUUAAAAUUAUCCAAUGAUCCUAGUCCUGGUUACAAUAUUGAACAAAUGGCUAAAAAUGGUAAAAAAUAUCUUAAAUUACCUUAUGUGGUAAAAGGUAUGGAUGUAUCGUUCUCUGGUUUACUAUCCUACAUAGAAGAAAAAGCUCCAUCAUUGUUGUCAUCUGGUGAAUAUACUCCUGAAGAUUUGUGUUUUUCACUUCAAGAAACUAUUUUUGCAAUGCUAAUAGAAACAACAGAAAGAGCAAUGUCUCAUUGUCAGUCAAAAGAAGUACUUAUAGUCGGAGGUGUUGGUUGUAAUGAAAGAUUACAAGAUAUGAUGAAAAUUAUGUGUGAAGAAAGGAGUGCAAUAUUAUAUGCUACUGAUGAAAGAUUUUGUAUAGACAAUGGAGUAAUGAUAGCUCAUACUGGAGCACUAAUGCAUAAAAGUGGAUAUAAGACUACAUGGGAAGAUACAUUUUGUACACAGAGGUUUAGGACAGACGAAGUUGAAGUUACAUGGAGGUCAUGAAAAUGUAUUUAAAGCUUUUUUUUAUAUACACUACAUAAUUUUUAUGUUAUACGAAUAACCAAAGUAUUCUUGCUAAAACGCAAACUAAUAAAGCAAAAACAGGCCAUAUCGAGUA